GGAGGACGCGCUGUGAUUGGUCAGCGUCUCUCCUGGUUACCAGCCCUCCCUAAACGCAACAACAACACAGACGCUCCAGCAAACAGAAGGACGAUUUCAGCUGAGAAAUGUCAUGGACAGAGCUCAGGAGGAGCAGGGGAGGGAAACACUCCUCUGCCGAGGAGAAGCUGGAUGAAUAUUUAAUCAACCUGCAGCAUAAAAACAGGGCGCUGAGAAGACUGCAGAGGAAGGACCCUCGACAGGCCGAGUUGGAGCUUUUAGAGCAAGGCUUCAAUCUGUACAUCAACGGCGCUCAUGUCAGCACAGCUAAUGCGGCUCAGAACAGCAGGAAAAGCAUCCAGCCUUCAGUAGCGGCCCAUCCGCCAACACGGAGAAACACUCACACUGCAGAUUCCUCCAGAGAGAGUGGAGAGAGGUGUGCGAUAGCUCAGCAGAAACAGAGGAGCCACACAGCGCCUGAGAAAACACAGAGACGACGAUGGGUGCAGGAAUCUGUGUACAUCUGCACUGAGAAAGGAAGUAAAGUGAAGAUUUCACCAGAGCACAGAUACUCCGAUGACUUUGAGCCGUGCGAGAGUGCGGAUAUGGAGUGUGCUCGCGACGGCAGUAAAGCGUCACAUUCUGUGGGUCUGAGGUCAUGCAGCGAGCCGGAGCCUGUCGACAGGGUUCUUCUGAAUGCUGACCAGGUCAAGGCGCUGCGACGCAGCCUGGAGGUGAGCGUCAGACGCUGCAGUCCAGACUCAGCCGGAGAGGAGUCGGAGGAGGAAUGGAUCGAGGAGCAGAUCGAGAGAGAGGAGAGCAGCGACAGCCUCCCUGACCUCACACUUCCUGCCCAACCUACAAGCCAGCCAAUCAGCAAGCAGCUCAGCCAUGGUGACCUCAUCAUGCUGGAAUUCAGCCCUUCCUCACAAGGUGGGCGAAAGAUCAAACACGCUCUCUCAGCUAAAAGAAAGGACAGCGUGGAGUCGUACAUCCCCAGCAAACCAGUGACCGUCAGGAGACCGACAGAGAGAACGCCUGGAAGCAGACAGGACACGUCACGGCCAUGCAGUUGUAUAGAGCGCCCCCUGUCUGCGACUCGUAAGGUGCAGGAGGAGCGAGAUUCAGAGGAAACGGCUGCCGGUGUGUUUCAGGCCCUGCAGAGAGAGAACUCACCGCUGCAAACACCGAGGACCACGACCCGACACGCGCCGGAGGAGGAGGAGGAGGAUCAGUAUCGGGUUAACAGAGCUAUGCGGAGAAUAGCUCUCAUGGAACGCAGGCAGCAGAAGUGUUUGUUAAAGGCGUUAGAGAGGAUUGACGCUGAAGAUCAGUCUGAUCUCACUGACAGCAGCAGCUUCUCUCUGACUCAGACGGAAGCAUCUCCGCAGGUGACGCCCACUCUUUACGUUACCAUGGAGAUCCUGUCAAACUGGGGUCACCCGGGUCAGGUGGGGCUCACAGAAGUUCAGUUCUUCUGUCCACAAAAUAGCAAACUCUACGUGUCUCCACAUGACCUGGACAUACGCAACACGGACCAGCCCGGGAAUCUGGCUGCCCUCGUCAACGGAAAAACUAAAACCACAAAAGAGCGUCAUAUGUGGGCUUGUCCGUUCCACCCCCCCGUCCAGCUGUAUUUUAUCAUCAGGAAUGUGGAACGAUCUCCGAACUUCAGCAUCUCUCGGAUCAGAAUUUGGAAUUAUAACCGCAGCCUUAAUGAUCUGGACGUCGGUGCGCGACACGUUCGUUUGUAUGUGAACAGCACGCUGGUGUUCGAGGGUCAGUUGGAGAAGGGCUGUGGGAACCAGGUCUUUGACUACAGCAGCUCCAUUGAGCUCCAGGAACCACAUCUCCCAGAGUGCACCUCUCCAAGCCCUGUCUCUUCAGGACACAGUCUGCAAGACCUCAGCUCACAUGAUCCGGAGCCUCAGGAGGCGAAUGCUGGUGUUUCAGUGGUAGAAACAAGCCAGGACAAAUCUGGCCUAGUUAACCCUGGCAGAUGUGCGGCAGAAAUGCAGAGAGACUCUCUAGAAAGAGACGAGUCUUCUCCUCUGGACCUCUCGUUACCCGCCGGCCGGACGGAGACGAUGGAGACGGUGACCACGCAGCCGUCCUCCAGUCGGAUUCCACAUUGGCUCCAGGCGCCGAAUCGAACCGAAGCGCCUCGGGAACGAGAGCGUCCUCUGUGGCUCCAGGCACAAAAUACAGCCGAAUCCAAACACUCCGUGCUGCCUGACAUCUCGUGCAACCCUGUAAGUGCCUGCAAACAGGCCUCCAGCCAUAAGAGCACGCACAGGACAGUGUCUGGUGGAUUCAGUUCUGACUCGUUAGAUUCGGGACUGAAUUACAGCUUGCGGACAGAACAAGAAUCGCAUUUAGAGCAGCACUUGAGCGAUCGGUUGGACCAGGGUUUGGACCUGUGGGAUGAGCAGUUUGAGCGGACCGAGCGGCCCAUCAGUGGCAGGAGAGGUUCAGCGCGAUCUGUGAGCAAAACACAACCGGACCGCAGCGGCGAGUUCAUCACAACAGAGGAAAGCAGCCCGGGGUCCGAGCGUAACAGGAGACAGAAACCUCACUGGUGUGAACCGGAUGACCCGUUAAUGGAAUCCUGGGACUCGCUGACGAAGUUUAAUCAGUGUCAGCGCGGGCGCAUCUCCAACAUGGGGCUGGAGGGAGAUAUUUUCGACGAGUUUGUUCAGCGCCAGUCCCGUCCGACACCCGUCUCCACCCGAGACCCCUCUGCUCCGGCGCUCCCUGAUUCUGACGACCCCGAAGACGACCCUCGCGACGAGGACUUCGAGAUCCCGGUUCUCCCGCAGGGUCGCCACCUCGUCAUUAACAUCCUGUCCACGUGGGGCGACCGUCACUACGUCGGGCUCAACGGCAUCGAGAUCUUUUCCUCCAGCGGUGAGCCGGUCACACCGGUCCACAUCACGGCCGACCCGCCUGACAUCAAUAUCCUGCCGGCCUACGGGAAAGACCCACGCGUCGUUACUAACCUGAUAGACGGAGUACACCGGACGCAGGACGACAUGCACCUCUGGCUGGCCCCGUUCACACCGGGUCGCAAACACAUCAUCAGCAUGGAUCUGGGUGAGAGAUGCUGCCUGGCGAUGAUCCGUGUCUGGAACUACAACAAGUCCAGGAUCCACUCGUUCAGAGGAGCGAGAGAAAUGGAAAUGAUCCUCGACGGCCGUUGUGUCUUCCGAGGGGAGAUCGCCAAAGCUUCAGGAACGCUCUCAGGAGAAUUGGAUCAGUUCGGCGAUACCAUCCUGUUCACCACGGAUGAUGACAUCGAGGCCAUGGCGCAGUUUGAUGACACGUUCAGGGGUGAGAUGGAGAAGGGCGGGCCGGGCGAGGAGGAAGAGGAGCUGCAGCGGCCGCGGACGGCUGACGGUGAAGGAGAGGAGAGACCGUUCACACAAGCCGGCUUCAGGAAGGAGGACACGCUGAUGGAUCUGGAGCACAUCGCUGCAGCUGGAGAGGAAACAACGGGACUUUACACUGGCAGCACUCUGCAGCUGAAUCUGCUGUCGUCGUGGGGUGACCCUCACUAUGUGGGACUGACGGGGUUAGAGGUCGUUGGUAAGGGCGGUCAGAGUAUUCCUGUUGAUGUCUCUAUAGCAACAGCGUCACCCCGUGACCUCAACGACCUUCCUGAGUACAGCAGCGACCUUCGAACUCUGGACAAGUUGUUUGAUGGGAUGAACAUCACCACAGAUGAUAAACACAUGUGGCUGAUUCCCUUCACGUCCGGUUCUGAUCACACACUCACCGUGAGGUUCGCUCAGCCGCAGACGAUCGCCGGAUUCAGAAUAUGGAACUACAACAAAUCGCCUGAAGACUCUUACAGAGGGGUGAGAGUUAUGCACUUGUUCCUGGACGGUGCGUGUAUUUCACUCGGGGGGUUUCUCAUUCGCAAGGGUCCGGGGAAUUGCCACUUUGACUUUGCACAGGAGAUUCUGUUCAUAGACUACCUACAGUCCGCCCAUAACAGAUCGCUCACUACAACCGGCAAGAACACAGAGGACACGCACGCUCACUGGGGUGGGAACCGGAGAGAUGAGUUGGCCAGUAUGGACUAUGAGGCUCCAUUGAUGCCAUGCGGAUUUAUCUUCCAGCUGCAGUUGUUGACGACGUGGGGCGACCCGUACUACAUCGGCCUUAAUGGACUGGAGUUCUAUGACCAGAACGACCAGAAGAUCCCGCUCAGUGACAACAUUUUCUUUAACAAUUUCAUCGCUGCGUUCCCUGAUAGCGUGAAUGUCGAUAACGUGUGUGGUGACGUCCGCACACCUGAUAAACUGAUAGAUGGGGUCAAUAACACGCACGACGGGCAACACAUGUGGCUCGCACCGGUGCUGCCUGGACUGGUGAACCGUGUCUAUGUCAUCUUUGACCAGCCGAUGACGGUUUCCAUGAUUAAAUUAUGGAAUUAUUCCAAAACACCUCAGCGAGGAGUCAAAGAAUUUGGGCUCUUAGUCGAUGACCUGUUAGUGUAUAACGGGGUUUUAGAGUGUGUGAAGAACGUUUCGCGGGGAAUUCUGCCAACGCUGGAUCCCGUCGUUCCUUACCACACCAUACUGUUCACAGACAACACGCAAAUCACACACUGAGAGAAGAGCACAAUCAUCAGCAACCAUGUGGAGUACCAGGAUGUGAAACUGACCAAUGAGAACCAGAUCAUUCACCAGCACAAGAAGAAACAGACAGCUGACCCAGCUCUGCGGCCCAAAACCUGCAUGACGGACGGACGGAGACACGGAAAGCAGCGAUACUGAGAUAAAU